AUCCCUCUCGUCAUUUCCUGCCUGUGACCGACCUUAUGUCCUCAACGUAAAGCAGUGCAACCGACCAGCUCUGACUUCUGUCCUCUGUAGGGAUUUUCGGUUAAUAUCAGAGCCGUAAUCAUGGGUUUCGAGAGGAAGAUGCUCACGUCCGGCGACCCCGAGGACGAGGAGGAAGAUGCACCUGCUGAGGAGGAAGAGGCGGAAGAAGAGGAAGAAGAAGAGGAGGAAGACAUGGUGGAUCCUUUAGAAACAAUACGAGCCAAGUGUGAGCAGACUGAACACUGCGUGCACUACAAGGAGCGCCUGGAGACCUGUGAAACUCGAGUCACCUCCAGAUCCAAAACUGCUGAGGAAUGCACAGAAGAACUCUUUGACUUCUUGCAUGCACGGGACCAUUGUGUGGCACACAAGCUGUUCCACAAUGUGAAAUGAAACGUCCUGCUCAGCUUCCACCACUAGCAGCUGUAAAAUCUAUUUUACUGCUAAAAUUGUAAAAUAAUCAGGAUUGUUCUGUUCUCCUGUGUUCAUGUAAAAAGUUUAUUUGGUUGCUGGUCUAAAUACCUGCCACCCUUUCUGUAUACCGAGUCACUGCUUGUUUGUUAAUGAGUGAAUCAAAGUUGUUAAAGGUUGUGCAAAGAACUAUCACUCGCUGAGGUCCGUUCAAAAGCAAACAAACUGCUCUGGCAAUACAUAUUUACUCAGGUAUAUGGAUUCAUCACUUUGAUCAGAAAAUAAAGGUUUGCUUUGGUUUCAUUUUUUGUGAAAGUGCUUUCCUUAC